UACCUAGGCAGAUCUCGUCGGGAAUACGGCAGAUCUAUUUUUCCUCGGCAUCCCUCUCAGCAUCGCAUUUCAUCACCCAAAUCUCCAAUAUCCAGAACAAUCUGCGCGCCACCAAGACUCAAAUCAAAUUAUAUCGCUUCAAUUGGACAGUCGGUUCUGUAUUCGUUAAGAUUCAGGCUUCAAACACGCCACUCCCUUGCGACAUCGAUAUACUCUCUUCCAUCUCCACGAAACUCUGAGCUUUUUCGCACCAACCAUCACGAGGGGCUUAAACGAGAUAUUCAGUUGAAUCGAUCACUUGUAAAUCGUCGCAAUGGGUUGGCUAUGGUCUUCAACACCUCCUAGCGAGGGCAAGUCAGCUGCACCAGCUAAAGAGACUCAUCCUGUCGCAUCACCAACAACCGCAACCGCAACCACAUCCACAACUUCGGAUCCUUCGACAACAGCCCCAUCCAAUUCCAAUACCGAUCCUGAAAUCCAAAAGUUCAUCGAUCUCUUUGAAGCUGAGAAGAACGCAAAACCCUCCACAACAGAAGACCAACAACAACAAAAUUCGUCUUCCAAACUACCAUCAUGGCUCACUCUCAAGAAAUCCACACGCUCAUCCACCCCUACACCCGCCGAUAUUCCUCCCCGUGACGCCCUCUCCGAAGCCCUGCUCCCAACAGACAUGUCCUGUCGUCAAGCCUUCGACCAAGCAUGGGCAUGCAACUCGAUGGGCGGACAGUUCAAUGCCGUGUAUCGCUACGGUGAGAUGAGAUCAUGCAGUGAGCAUUGGGAUGACUUCUGGUUCUGCAUGCGUACCAAGAGCUACUCUCCUGAGAUGCGGGAGAAGGCCAUCAGGGAUUAUUAUCGUGCGAAGGAGUUUACAAAGUAUGGCCCUGGGAAACCGAGUAGUGAAGAUGUCUGGGAGAGUAGAGAGGACAAAGUACCAGAAGGGACAGUAUUUGAUGAGCCUGUUGAGCCACGAAGUUGAUCAACUUGCUCUUGUAUUAAUAGAGAACUUCCAAUUUCCUAACCAAGUUCUGUAAUCAUUCUCUGUGGCAAAGAUUGCUACCCUUCCCUGAUAGUAAGUGAUCCGAAUCCUGCGGACCAUUCAGAGACUUCUCCGCGGCGUGGUUAAAAUAAACUUAGCAGAAGUCCCCUAAGCUUAGAUUAGAUUUACCUACACACUUUUAUCGCUUAGGGUCGAGGUCCUGAGUUUUCUU